UUACCAUUGAAUCACAGCAUGACUUGUAAAACCUCUCUUACCACCAAUUUCCUCCAAUAUCCUGGAUUAACUUUUGGGUUAUUGUGAAGACGGUUGUCUUUUCUUGACGAUUCAAUUGCAGGUAUUGAAAGCCCCCAAUCCCAUUGACAUGUACUGCACAUAACACAACUUCCAAUGUAUUAUCAUCUCAUUUAGAGUUGCGUAACAGCAGCCUUCUUUAUAAACCAAGCAAAAUACAAGAGAUUUUGCUGUUCCACCGCAUAAAAAACCUCCCCCAAACUCACAAAGCUCCCAAGUCUCCAGGUCCAGACUCACAGACAGAUUCUAGAAUUGAGAAAGAGCCAUGGAGAAUAUGAAUCAUGACCACAUGAAUGGCAUGAACGACGAGUCAGCUGCUGGAGGGACGAUGCACCACCACAUGAUGAUGAUGCACAUGACCUUCUUUUGGGGGAAAAACGCUGAGAUUCUCUUCUCGGGAUGGCCUGGCACAAGAACUGGCAUGUAUGUCUUGGCCCUGAUUGUUGUCUUUGUGCUUGGUUUCAUGGUUGAGUGGAUCUCUCACUCCCAAUUGAUCAAGCCUGGCUCAACCCAUGUGGCCGCUGGUGUUGUUCAGACUUUGUUGCAUGCUUUGAGGGUUGGUCUUGCAUAUUUGGUGAUGCUAGCUGUCAUGUCUUUCAAUGGGGGUGUCUUCUUGGCUGCCGUGGCUGGGCAUACUCUGGGGUUUUUGUUAUUUGGCAGUAGAGUUUUCAAGAAAUCCUCAGCCCCUGCCCCUGGAAAAACAUCUGAUCUUCCUCCUACCAGUUGUUGAACACAAGAAUUGAUUUCAGUUUCUUCACGGUGAAUUUGUCUCCUUUAUUAGUCUCUUUUGUGUUUGUCUUCUUCUUCUUAAAGUACCCCUUCUUUCUUUAUGAAUCCAUGAUGUAAUUUCUGAAAGUAAUGUACACCUUAUGCUUUAUUUUUUCUUUCAAGUUGGACUUGUUUGUCUUAAUCUAUGCUUUGCUCUGUAUUUGUUUGUCAAUUGAUAAAAAGGAAAUCUAUAGAUUGCUUAA